AUGGGCGAUGUGUCUGGCCUUGAGUGCUUCACUGCUCUCCAGUGUGUGGAUAAUGUGACGCCGUGUGUCAACAACGCUACCUGUCUGACCUUCACCAAUGGCACCGGAUACUGCAAGUGUGCCCCGGGCUUCCUGGGGGAAUACUGUCACCAUAAAGACCCUUGCCAUCCCGAUUACUGCCUCAAUGGGGGGAACUGCUCCGUAACUGUGUCAGCCAGUGUGCCAGUCCCAGGCAGACCCACCUGCAUCUGCCCUUUGGGCUACACUGGGCAAUACUGCCAGACCCCCCAGAACUCCACCUGCUACCCCAACAACCCUUGUGCCAACCGAGGUGUUUGCACCCUGCUGUCCCUUGAUAAGUACAAGUGCCAGUGUGCCAGAGGAUGGACAGGUCCUCUGUGUGAGCGCGAGGACAGCUGUCUGUCUGGUCCCUGCGCUAAUGGCGGUAUCUGCAGCUCUCUGGCUGGUGGUCGCUACACUUGCACCUGUCCUCCCGGCUACACUGGUCCACGCUGCCUCAAUGACACAGAUGAGUGUGCCGUCACCUCAUCCGUGUGCAAAAAUGAUGGAUUGUGUGUCAACACCCCGGGCUCCUACAAGUGUACCUGCACCUCUGGGUAUACAGGCCGUCACUGCGAGACCCCUUAUGUCCCAUGCGCACCCUCACCAUGCCUGAAUGGAGGCACCUGCCGCCCGACCCAUGAGACCAGCUACUAUUGUCACUGCCUGCCAGGUUUCAAUGGUACCAACUGUGAGAACAACAUAGAUGACUGUCCAGGGCAUCAGUGUGCCAAUGGAGGAACCUGUAUGGAUGGAGUCAACACAUAUAACUGUCAAUGUCCCCCAGAGUGGACUGGUCAACACUGCAAAGAUGAUGUAGAUGAGUGUCGCCUACAGCCCAACACUUGCCAGAAUGGCGGUACCUGCAGCAACGUCAUCGGCAGCUACGUCUGUGUGUGUGUCAAUGGCUGGAGUGGACCUGACUGCUCGGAGAACAUAGACGACUGUGCCACAGCAGCCUGCAGUGCAGGCUCCACCUGCAUUGACCGCGUAGCCUCCUUCGUCUGUUUUUGCCCCUAUGGGAAGACAGGUUUGCUGUGCCAUAUAGAUGAUGCUUGUAUCAGUAACCCAUGCAGAGAGGGCUCUCAAUGUGACACCAACCCCAUCAAUGGCAUGUUCAACUGUAAUUGCCCAGCCGGCUAUACUGGUAGCACUUGCAACACUGACAGAGAUGAGUGCAUCAUUGGCACUAACCCAUGUGAGCAUGGCGGUCAGUGUGUGAACACAGAUGGCUCUUUCACUUGUAACUGUGUAAGAGGCUACGCCGGGCCGCGCUGUGAGCAGGAUGUCAACGAGUGUGCUUCCAGCCCCUGCCAAAACGACGGCACUUGUCUGGAUCGCAUUGGAGACUACACCUGCAUCUGCAUGCCUGGAUUUGAAGGGACUCACUGUGAGACGGAGAUAGAUGAAUGUCUCAGCUUCCCCUGUCUGAACCAGGGUAAAUGUCUGGACCAGGUCAGCCGCUUUGUCUGCGAGUGCCCAGCAGGCUUCAGUGGUGAGAUGUGCCAGAUUGACAUUGAUGAGUGUUCCAGCACACCGUGUCUGAACGGGGCCAAGUGUGUUGACAGGCCAAAUGGAUACGAGUGUGAAUGUGCUGAAGGUUUCACUGGUCUACUGUGUGAGGAGAACAUUAACGAUUGUGUACCAGAGCCAUGUCACUACGGUGUGUGUAAGGACGGUAUUGCCACCUAUUCCUGUGAGUGCCACCCAGGCUACACGGGCUCCAUCUGUAAUAUCCAGGUCCAGGAGUGCAACAGCAACCCCUGUCAGAACCGAGGGCGUUGCAUUGACCUUGUGAAUGCCUACCAGUGUAACUGUCUGCAGGGAACAACCGGAGUGAACUGUGAGAUAAAUGAGGAUGACUGCUCCAGCAAUCCCUGUGAAUAUGGAGAGUGCCAGGAUGGUAUAAACGAGUACAAGUGUGUAUGUGCCCCAGGCUACACAGGAGUUAAAUGUAAUGUGGAGAUAAAUGAAUGUAACUCAAACCCGUGUAUGAGUGGAGGAACCUGUCGGGACAAGGUGAAUGGUUUCCAUUGCCUGUGCCCCCCUGGUACCCAUGGUCCUCUUUGCCAUUCUGGGACAGACCACUGUGCUCCCCAGCCCUGUGUGCAUGGAGAGUGUGUGGAACAGCAAAAUGGGUACCAGUGUGAGUGUGAACCAGGCUGGGCAGGACAGCACUGUGAGCAGGAAAAGGAUGAGUGCCUUUCCAACCCAUGCCAAAAUAGUGGUACUUGUGUGGACCGACACAACGGCUACACCUGCCAGUGCCGGCCUGGAUUCACAGGGGUGAACUGUGAGAGGAACGUAGACGAAUGUGCCUCAGGGCCCUGUCAGAGCCAAGGUGCCUGUAUUGACGGAGAUAACAGCUACACCUGCCAGUGCAGCCCACCAUUCACAGGUAAACACUGUGAAGAGGAGUUGGUCCCUUGUGCCUCUCACCCAUGUGAGAGGGGAGGAGUCUGCCAUCCAACCCCAGACUACACGUCCUACACCUGUAGAUGUCCCAGUGGCUGGCAAGGUCCUCGCUGCAGUGAAGAUGUGGAUGAAUGCAAGAAGAAUCCAUGCAAGAACAGAGCUCAGUGCAUCAACAGUCAGGGCAGCUAUAUGUGCAAUUGUCAGCCAGGAUACAGCGGUCACAACUGUCAGACAAACAUCGACGACUGCUUACCCAACCCAUGCUUGAAUGGGGGCACAUGUGUAGACGAUGUUGGACGUUUCUCUUGUGACUGCCGCCCGGGUUUUGACGGGAAGUGCUGUGAGACUGAGGUGGAUGAGUGUGUCAGCCAGCCCUGUCGGAAUGGGGCCGUCUGCCGCGACUACGUCAACAGCUUUGUAUGCGAGUGUCGACCGGGCUUUGAUGGAAUUCAUUGUGAACACAACAUCCCAGAAUGCACCGAGAGCACCUGUCUAAAUAACGGGACUUGUAUUGAUGACAUCAACACCUUCUCAUGCCACUGUCUCCCCGGUUUUUAUGGCACAUUCUGCCAGUAUGAGCAGAAUGAGUGCGAUUCCCAUCCUUGUAAGAACGGAGGAACCUGCACUGAUGGCUUGGGCACCUACCAAUGCACCUGCCCUUCGGGUUACAAUGGACAAAACUGCCAGAACUUUGUGAAUCUGUGCAGCCAGGUGCGCUGUCAGAAUGGGGGCUCCUGCUCUCAGAUGGAGACCUCGUGGACCUGCUACUGUCCUGUGGGAUGGACAGGACUCUACUGUGAUGUUCCAAACAUGUCCUGUCAGGACUUUGCUACCAGGAAUGGUGUGGAUGUGGAGAAGGUGUGUAAGAAUGCUGGCCGGUGUAUAAAUGUGGGUAAUUCCCACCAGUGCCAGUGUCAGCCUGGAUACAUGGGCAGCUACUGUGAGGAGAUGGUCGAUGAGUGCCAAUCCAACCCCUGCCGCAACGGAGCCACCUGCAAGGACUACCAGGGCACCUACGAAUGUAUUUGUAAGGCAGGGUACCAGGGGGUGAACUGUGAGUAUGAUGUUGAUGAAUGCCAUUCCAACCCCUGUCUCCAUGGAGCAACCUGUAUCAACCUCAUCAACCGCUUCACCUGUGCCUGCCCCCCUGGAACACAUGGGCCUCAAUGUGAGGUGAAUGUGGAUGACUGUGCUCCUAAACCUGGCUCCUGGGGUCCUCGCUGCCUCAAUGGGGGCCAGUGUGUGGACGGAGUGGGUCGUUACACAUGUUCUUGCCCCCCUGGCUUUGCUGGAGAACACUGUGAGGGGGACGUCAACGAGUGUCUGUCUGGGCCCUGCCAUUCCCCAGGCAGCCUUGACUGUGUACAGCUGUCAAAUGACUAUCAGUGCCGCUGUCGCCUAGGAUAUACAGGCCGUCAUUGUGAGUCCAUGGUGGAUCUUUGCCUGUCUAAGCCAUGCCAUAAUGGGGGCGCCUGCUCAAUGAACAUGAGUUCAAUACAUGGCUACACUUGCUCAUGUCUUUCUGGCUAUACCGGUUUCAACUGUGGUGAAAUGGAAGGCUACAACUGCAUCAAGCUACGUUGUCAGAAUGGUGGGCAUUGUGUGGAAUCACAAUUUGGCCGUCUCCACUGCCAGUGCCAACCGGGCUUCAGCGGGCCACACUGUGAAACCAUCCAGAGGUGCCAGAAUCGGCCUUGUCAAAAUGGAGGAACUUGUGUCAAGGACCUCUCCAGCCCUUUCCACUACAGCUGCCGCUGCCCCAUUCACUUCUCAGGACGACACUGUGAAAACAGGUUGAUUGUCGAGGUGCCGCAGACCCCGAUCUGCCCUUACGUGGAGUGUGAACAAAGGUCAAGGGACAAAGUCUGUGACCCUCAAUGCAACAACCAUGAAUGCCAAUGGGACGGAGGUGACUGUUCACUCUACUGGCACCGGCCCUGGCUUAACUGCACUGCUCAUAUACCCUGCUGGGAGCUCUUCAGGAAUGGCCGCUGUGACAAGGAGUGUGACAACUCUGGGUGCCUGUUUGACAGCUUUGAGUGCCAGGAGACCCCGCAAGCCUCCUGCAAAUACGACAAGUACUGUGCAGACCACUACGGUAAUGGCAUCUGUGACCAGAGCUGCAACACUGAGGCCUGCGGCUGGGACGGGCUGGACUGCUCUGGAGACACCCCUGCCCAGAUGGCGGAAGGCACCCUGGUGAUUGUGGUGCGGCUGCAGCCCAAGGAGCUGUUGGGGGACAUUAGGGGCUUCCUGCGCUCCCUGGGAACCCUGCUGCACACCAAUCUGAGGGUGAAGCUGGAUGCAAAUAAGAAGCCCAUGGUGUACCCAUACUAUGGCCUGGAGGAGGAGCAGGGAGGACAUGUACAGAAGAGCAGAGGCAAGCGAGAGCUGGAGAGGGAGGUUAUCGGUUCUAAGGUGUACCUGGAGAUUGACAACCGUGAGUGUGCCCAGAGCUCAGUCGACUGCUUCUCCACUACUGAGCAGGCUGCAUCCUUCAUUGCAGCAGAGCAUCUGAAGGCCGAACUGCCUUACCCUGUAGUGUCCGUCACCAGUGACCCAUCUGGCACGGAAAAAACAUACUACCUUAUGUACCUGGUGGGCGUGGCAGUGUUCUUCAUCCUGUUCAUCCUGGUGCUGGGAAUGCUGGUGGCUAAGAGGAAGCGUAAACAUGGCAUCCUCUGGCUCCCUGAUGGCUUUCUGGCCAAGAAGGACGACAAGAGGAGGGAGCCUGUCGGACAAGAUGACUUUGGCAUGAAGAACUUCAAGACACAGGAUGGAGCCAUGAUUGAUGGAAGCCAGAGCCAAAGGUGGAUGGAGGAGGAGGUUCCACCUAAGAAACCAAGAACUGAAGACAAGCCCCUGCUGCCCAUGGCUGGGGAUGGAGUGGAUCGGAGAGAAUGGACUGCACAGCACCACAAGGCUGCUGACAUCACCCUUACUCCCCCGCAGGCUGAUCUGGAGACAGACUGUAUGGAUGUCAAUGUCAAAGGACCAGACGGCUUCACCCCACUAAUGUUGGCAUCGCUGCGCAGUGGUGGAGGUUCCGAAAGCGGCCUCCAUGGUGAUGAGGAGGAGGAUAGCGGAGGAGAUGAACCAGGACCAAGCGUCAUCUCCGACCUGAUCGCCCAGGGAGCAACGCUAAUGGCCCAGACCGACCGCACAGGAGAGACAGCACUCCACCUGGCGGCCCGCUAUGCCAGGGCUGAUGCGGCUAAACGCCUACUGGAUGCCGGAGCCGACGCUAAUGCCCAUGACAACAUGGGCAGAACUCCCUUGCAUGCUGCUGUGGCGGCCGAUGCUCAGGGUGUCUUCCAGAUCCUAAUACGUAACCGAGCUACAGAGCUGGACGCCCGCAUGAAUGACGGCACAACCCCUCUGAUUCUUGCUGCUAGAUUAGCCGUGGAGGGCAUGGUGGAGGAGCUGGUGCACUGUCAUGCUGACAUCAACGCUGUAGAUGACCACGGCAAGUCUGCGCUUCACUGGGCAGCAGCUGUUAACAAUGUGGAGGCCACUUUGGUGCUGCUGAAGAAUGGAGCCAACCGCGACAUGCAAGACAAUAAGGAGGAGACUCCAUUGUUCCUGGCUGCCAGAGAGGGCAGCUUUGAGGCAGCUCAGGUUCUCUUGGACCACUACUCCAACAGAGACAUCACAGAUCACCUGGACCGGUUGCCCCGUGACACUGCCCAAGAAAGAAUGCACCAUGACAUAGUCCGCCUGCUGGACCAGUAUAACCUCGUCCACAGCCCCCACAAUGGGCCCAACCACAUUGGUGGGAGUGGAGGGCACUCUUCCCUGGUCUGUGGGGCCAAUGGAGCAGCCUUUAUUGGCAUGCGUCCUGGGCCCCAGGGCAAAAAGAGCAGGAGGGGUGGAGCUGGAGCCAAGGUGGGAGGCGUUGGUGGAGGAGCUAAGGAGAUUAAGGACAUGAAGACCAAGCGAAGGAAGAAGCCUGCUGGAGGAGAAGGGCCCACUGUGGGAGGAGGAGUCGGAGGAGGGAGUGGAGGUGGUACGGGAGGAGUGAGUGCUAACAGUGCCAAGGCAGCAGGAGGGCUGACAGAGAGCUCUGUUACCAUGUCACCUGUUGACUCCCUGGAAUCACCACACUCUUAUACAGGUGAUGCAGCCAGUAGUGUCUCCAACACUGCCAACUCCCCGCCCUUACUGGGCAGCCCCACCUCUAGACCUCUUCUGCCCCCAGUCAGCCACAUGCUGGGCCAGCAGCAGAGCUGGGUGGGUAUGUCCAAGCACGGUUACAGUGGCCACAUGUUCGGCCUUGUGCCACACCAGAUGGGGGCCUCCCACCGUGGCAUGGGCCAACAUCACAGCCAAGGCCCUAUGCUCACCCCCAUGAAUGUCACCAUGAGCCGGGAGCAGCUGCCCCCCAUUGUCACCUUCCAGAUGAUGGCACCAGGACCAGGAGGGGGCCAGACCAUGCUGAAGCAACCCCAGCCUGGGCAGGUGCAGGUCCAGCAGCCCCAGGGGCAGAACCAGAACCAGAGCCACUCCCAGCAGGGGCCAGGUCACCUGCACUGCCCCCAGGGCAUGAUGUACCAGAUACCUGAGCAGAUGGGUAUGGGGCAUGGGCUCUCCCACACCCUCCAGCACCCUCACACCCUCAGCCACAGUGGCCAUGUGAUAGCAGAAAGCCAGUCUCGACAGCUGCCCCCCUACCAGGCAAUGCAGAGUCCUGUGGAUAAGUACCCCACACCCCCUUCGCAGCACAGUUACGCCACCGCCGGCUCAGAGGGCACCACCCCGGGGCACCCGCCCCACCCACCCAACGAGCAUCCAUACCUCACCCCAUCACCAGAAUCCCCUGACCCUUGGUCCUCCUCCUCUCCCCACUCCAACUCAGACUGGUCUGACGUCACUACCAGCCCCACCCCUCUGGGGAACCCCCACCACGCACUGCCCUCUUCACGCCACACACACAUUCCAGAGCAGGUGCAGCUGCAGCCUCAGUCGCAACAGACACAGCAGGCCUCCCAGCAGCCUCAGCGUGGAAACAUGCAGGUGUUUGCAUAGGCUAGCGAGAGUUCAAACUGCAACACCACAUUAACUCAUGCCAUAUCGGUCUCAUAUCUCUCCCUCUUAUCAGUUUUCUUAUGUCCCUGAUCACUGAUAUCAAUCAGUUCCCCCCUUUUGGUGGUUUCUCUUCCUCUUUGCACUUAAGAAGACUUGUGUAUAGUUUCUAAAACAUCAUACCAAGCGUUCUUGGUUAGAAAUCAGAAAUCCUCACUACCAAAAAAGGUGUGGUGUUAGCUGUCACUGGUCCAAGUAGAAGCACUCCCCCCACUCCUAUUGAUCAAAGCCAGGAGGUAAGCGUGUCAUAACUUUUCAAACGAGGGAUGAUCGAGGAAAAGUCAAUUGAAAGCUUGUCAAUUGUCGCAUGAGGAAAACUGACUGUUGAGAUGGACACUUUAACAGAACAGACUUUAUUCUGCUCUGCUCACUCUCAACACAGUUACGGGGCCUGAACUUUAUUUUUGGAUGUUUUUUUGAAGGACAUUUUCCUCAUUUAACAUGUUAUAUACUAUCAUUUAAUACUGUUUAAUAUGAUAGACCUGCCAAUAUGUUGUUGCCUCCUGACUAGUUCCUUGCUUGUGUUGUAUUAACUCUCAGAUGUGCAUCGCUUUGGAUAAAAGCACCUGCUAAAUGAAAUUGUAAUACUAACCUCCCAUUGGAAAUGUUAACUCUACUUUUUUAUAAGAUGGCUCACGUUCAAUGAUUGUCUCUCUGGUUUUUGAUAUGGCAAAAGGGAGGGCUUUUAUAAAUGACCGUUACAUGAUUUGAAAGACAUAAAAACACACACAUACACAAAACAUCCAUUCACUAUGUAUUUCUAAGCUUGUGAUGUAAAUAGCUCUUUUACGAGUUUGUGUGUUAUUUCAUUGCCUACAAUAGAUAAAUGUUUACUUUCCAACUUUCCAAAAGAGUUAUUCAAACAGUGUGUAUGUCAGAAUACAGAAGUUACCAGUAAGAAUCUACAGUAUGUUACUUGUAUAUUUAAGACAGUUACUGAUACAGGAACAAAUAUACCAGAGGAGAUUUUUUUUUUUUGGGUGCUUUAUUGAUCCCCGUGGGGAAAUUACGCUUUGCAUUUAACCCAUCCUAGCUGUGUAGCUAGGAGCAGUGGGCAGCCGCCGUGCAGCGCCCGGGGACCAACUCCAGUUCGUCUUGCCAUGCCUCGGUCGGCGGCACAGACAGGAGUAUUAACCCUAACAUGCAUGUCUUUUUGAUGGUGGGGGAAACCGGAGCACCCGGAGAAAACCCACGGUAGACACAGGGAGAACAUGCAAACUCCACACAGAGGACGACCUGGGAUGACCCCCAAGGUUGGACAACCCCGGGAGGUCAAACCCAGGUCCUUCUUGCUGUGAGGCGACAGCGCUAACCACUGUGUCACAGUGCCGCAAGAUGGUGGUCAUUCAAUAAAUUGAAUCAAAAUCGGCAUGUUGAAUCAAAACAAACUCAAGAUAUCCGCUUGGUAUAUCCGCUAGGGGUUUCAGCGAGUGACUGAAAACCUGCGUGCAACAUUCAUACACACAAUAUUGUUACAGAACUUAAUAUUGUAACUACCAUUUUGUUAUGGCGCAAGUUUGUUGAAAUUCUGCAAUGAAUGAUGGGAUGCUCCUCCAUCGUUCUGUAGCUGUUUUUGACCAUGACUUGUUACUGUUUAAUUUGACAUAAGUGUCUGCACCUGCUUAAAUGUUUCAAAUGGUUCUUAAAAGUGUUUACUUUUCUUCGAAAUAGUGGUUCCACUCUCUUUAUUUCUUUGUCCAAAUCAUAUAAUCACUUUUGCUUAACUACAAUCAGUGUAUCUGUGCACCUUUAAUUGUCAUUCAUGUGAUUCACAAACCAAAUCUGGAGAUGUGUUGAUAAAUGAACUGAUGAUGCAAGAGUAGUUUUUUAUCUUUCUGGCGCUUUUUAGAGUUUACAUCGAGCUUUGCUUUAUGUGACUGCUCUAUAACCACAGACAAUCAUUCACUGUUUCAAUUUUGCAUAAAAAUUCAAACAUCUGUGUUACCAUGACCAAAUUUACUUGUCUGCCAAAAAUGUAAAUGAUUUCCUAAUUUCCUUUUUUUUUUUUUUGGUGAAGAAUCAAUUGGAAUGGCUUUGUUUUGACUGUUACAGUAUUGUCUCUUGAUUUAUGAAAGACUAACAGUGACAUGUACAUGUGCGCACGCACACACACACACAUACACACAGCUCUUAUGCAAAGGAAUAUGGUUUUGUUUGCUGGGAAGGUUAAUCAGAUUCCUCACGUUAGUUCAAUAUUCCCCAUAUCUGGCUGGCACUUAAGAGCCUUAACGUAAAAUGAUGAAUAUAUGAUGGCCAUGCAGUUGUACAAACUAUGUGCACAGUUAGAAACUUUUUAAUUAAGAGCCUCUGGAGCAUGCCGUUUCCACUUCAGUACAUAUGCAAGGUAAUUUCUAAGUGCUGUAUAUAAACUGUUUUUGUAUGUUUUAUUGUACUUCCUGUUGUUUGUUAGCCAUAAAUAGCCCUGUAUUACACGUUAUAUGAAGUAGUUGCCCUCGUGAUUGUAUAAGGUAGGUUAUACUUCUAAUUUUAAUACAGAACAAAAGCUUUCUGAUGGAAAUAAACCAAAUGAUCAAUUGCUUACUGAAAUAAAGCUCAGAUCUUCUUAGAUCGUCAA